AUGACUACCUCCUUCCUGCAGUUUACUGAAGAAAAGUUGGGCCAGGCCGAGAAGACUGAACUAGAUGCCCACUUCGAAAACCUUCUGGCCAGGGCAGACUGCACAAAGAACUGGACAGAGAAGAUCUUGCGUCAGACUGAAGUUCUGCUACAGCCAAACCCUAGUGCCAGAGUAGAAGAAUUCCUCUAUGAGAAGCUUGACCGGAAGGUGCCUUCCCGGGUCACCAACGGGGAGCUGCUGGCACAGUACAUGACAGAAGCAGCUAAUGACUUUGGGCCAGGGACACCUUACGGGAAGACCUUGAUAAAAGUUGGAGAGACUCAAAGGCGCUUAGGUGCAGCAGAACGAGACUUCAUCCACUGUGCCUCCCUCAACUUCCUGACCCCACUGCGCAACUUCCUGGAAGGGGAUUGGCGAACCAUAUCUAAAGAGCGGAGGAUCCUGCAGAACCGCCGCCUGGAUCUGGAUGCCUGCAAAGCCCGGUUGAAGAAAGCCAAAGCUGCUGAGGCAAAAGCAGCGGCAGAACACGAGCUACGGCUCACGCAGACCGAGUUUGAUCGACAGGCAGAGGUGACACGUCUCCUGCUGGAGGGGAUCAGCAGCACACAUGUGAAUCACCUUCGCUGCCUCCACGAGUUUGUGGAGUCCCAGACCAACUACUAUGCUCAGUGUUACCAAUACAUGCUGGACCUGCAGAAGCAACUGGGCAGAUUUUCAGGCACAUUCGUGGGCAAUGCAGAAUCCACAUCUCCUCCCGCAGCUGCUACCUCUCCUCCAGCUGUUGCUGCUGCCACCCUCCCUGCUGUGCCUACUAUUCCAGUGGUGCCCACGAUUGGUGGGGUGCCUAACACCGUGGCGGAGAGCGUACUGAACCCAAAUGAAGUGAAGCCUCCUGCUAGUGGGACGCGGAAGGCCAGAGUCCUCUACGAUUACGAAGCAGCUGACAGCACUGAGCUGGCCCUUCUUGCAGAUGAGAUGAUCACUGUGUACAGCCUGCCGGGCAUGGAUCCAGACUGGCUCAUAGGGGAAAGAGGGAACCAGAAAGGGAAAGUUCCUGUCACUUACUUGGAACUGUUAAGUUAAAUGUCUCCAGGAAGAAGAAUGUACAAGCAGAAUGCGCCCCUCAUCUCCUGGCACUUCUAAUGCGGAUUUCUUCAUCUGAGACCAUUGCUCUCUUCGGGGUUGACACUCCAUUGCUAAUAUGGGAAUUGUGGGAAAGAAGUGGUAAAGCUGUUACAGUAAGGUUUUGGGAAAGGGCUGAUGGCACCCGAGACUGAAUUCGUUAACUACCAGUGCAGCCUGCUUUGAGGUUAGUCUUGAUGGUGCAAGAUUCCUUGAUGACUUUUUUUUUCUACCCUCCCCUCAUCUUGUUUCUCACAGUGGCUUUCCCAGGGCCAGCAAGCUGUCUCCCU